AUGGAAGAGAUGGAAGAACGAGCGGAAGACGAAGAAGAGGAGGAGGAGGAGGAAGAGGAGGAGGAAGAAAUAUCAAGUCUUUUCUCCACUGCCACCCAAACCUCUCCACGCUGUACCACCUCCGCCAGGCCUGAUCCACCACCAGCACCCUCACCACCACCACCACAGACAGACGGGCGGCUCUUGAGACCUAGAAAUGCCGUUAAGAGGCCCAUGAACAAGUAUUUGCUGUUCUACCGAGACACACAGCGGAGGGUCAGGGAUCAGCACCCCGCGGAGAGCUUCCACAGCGUAAACCAGCGCGUGGCAGCCAUGUGGAGGGAGCUACCAGAGUGUGAAAAGGAGGAGUGGGCAGCCAAGGCACAAGCUCUCCAGGUGGAACACAAGCGGCGUCACCCUGGCUACCUCUACAGCCCGUGGAAGGCGGCACAGCGGAGGAAGGAGUAUGUGCGGAAGAAGGAGGAGAAGCGGAGACUCUUCCACACCCAGCCGCUCCACCUCCACCACCACCACCACUUCACCACCGCCACUGCCACCACCACCCCCGUAGACCUCCUCCACCGUUAUCACCAGCACACCACCACCUCCACCUCCACCUCCCCUGAACACCACCAUGACCACCUCCAUGCCACGGCCACAGCUACCACCAUGACUGAAGGCUGGGAUGAAGAAGAGGAGGAGGAGGAGGAGGAAGAGGAGGAGGAGGAGGAGGAAGAGGAGGAGGUGGUCAAGAUGAUGUCAAGGAAGAAUGGUGGAGGUGGAGGUGGAGGUGGAGGUGGAGGUGGUGGGCGGAAGCAUCUGGCUCUUUCGAAAUGGCACUUUGUUGGUGGUUCAUAGUGUGAGUAUUAUUAUUAUUAUUAUUAUUAUUAUUAUUAUUAUUAUUAUUAUUAUUAUUAUUAUUAUUAUUAUUAUUAUUAUUUACACCCCAGCCCUGCCAGCCUCCUCUCCCCUGCCUCUCGCCCAACCCUAAGUCACCAGAAGGGUCGCACUUUUAACCUCUGUAUAGCAGGGUGGGGCAUAAUCAACCUGUCUUUCUU